AUGCCGCCCAAGCGAGAUGUACCAGAUGACCCUCCCGACAUGCCCAUUUCCCUGCGCCUCAAGUACGGUGUCCACACAAUCUUCCUGCUGGUCGACCCUCUCGGCCCCUUCUCCGAGCUCACGGCAGAGCUCUUCUCCGUCCUGCAGGACCGCUACCCAGACGGCCUACGGCCCAGCAUCGAAGAACUUCCCACGCCCCUUCCAGCAGAAGGCGCAGACUACCACAUCGCAUACGGCAUCCUGAAGAACCCCCACGACGACAGCAAGGGAUGGAAAGACCUCAAAAUCAAGGGCGACGAGACCCCCGUCAGCAAGGGGCUCAGGAACAACGACAUUGUGGCAUUUGUCAUUCGCGAUGCGGACGAGGCUGAUGACACUCCUGUGUUUGUGGUGCACCUGCCCAAGUUUGAGGAAGAGGAGGGAGACGAGGACGAGCUUGCGGAGGGCAUGGACGAGGACGAGGACGAGGACGAGGAGCGUUAG